AUGGAAUUAUAAAAUGACGAUUUCCUCAAUAAAAUUCUAGAACAAAGCUUGCAAGAAUUCAAUGAGUUGUAAAAGAAAUUGGAAAUCGUUUAAAAAAGAGAAUCAGAACUUAAAUCAUAACCCCAAUACAAGUAAUCCGAAAUCUUCAAGUCUAUCAAGAAUGUUAAAUAUCCAUCAUUUACAAGUUAUACUUAAAGACAAGAGGAGAAGUUCAAUUAGAAUCAGAAUCAUUUUAAUUAAGAGCCUUAAAGCAGUCAUAUAGUUCAUCAAUAGGACUUUCAAAAUGAUUUUCAUUAAAUCUAAUAAGCAAAGGAUUUUUCAUACAAUCCUCCAGUAAUCGAGAGGGUGAGUUCGGAACUAAUAGAGGAGAGUGCUAUAAUACCCAAUGAGGCUAUGCAUGAUCAAAAGCAAAAGAUGGAACACCAAAAAAAUAUCCUAAUUAGAAAAAAGAAUGAAAUCAUUAAAUCUGAGUUACUGAAGUUUGAAUAAGAUAAAAAACCUUAAACAAUAAAUUAGACGUAAUAUAUAAAGAAGUGA